AUGAGCCUCAAUUGCCUCCGGUGUGACAAUGGUGGCAGCCCCGCCGUCAACCGGCCGGAGCCUGGCAAACACCAAUGCUUCCAUUGCUGUGGAGUACUCCAACGCUCAUUCUCUGCCAAUUCUUCGCCCCGUCUGCACAACAAAUUGCUGCGGCGAAAUAGUUCGCUUGAAUCGAGCGGCCGACGCAAUAAGGGCCGCCAUAAGGUUGCUAAUUCCGUGAGGACCUUGUCAAAUAAGUUCGUCAAGCACACGGUGGUGCCGUCGGCGGUUGGCGAGCCGCGGCUUGUUCGUAGCGGCGGGAUGCGGCGGGAUUGGAGCUUCGAAGAUCUGAAGAGCCGACGGAAUGCUCGAAAGCAUUGA